AUGAGUCGUACAGAAAUAUGGACAGAGCGCCUCCUGCUUCGAGCUGUUGAAGAAACCGAUUUGGACGCCUUCACCAAGUGGUUUACUGAUCCGGAGGCAAUGAAAUACUGGUCCACUGCCCCGCACACAGAUAUUAAACAAACGAAAGACUUUAUUGACGCUACCAUUGCGGGCCAGUAUAAUGGAGUUUUGGAUUUCGCCGUUUGUUUGCCCGACCCACAGUCUGAGGCUGAUCAAGACCGAGAAGGUUCAUCGAUGCCUGUGAUUGGAAGGGCAGGCAUAUGGGACGGAAAAGAAAUUGGCUUCAUCUUCAAUAGGGAAUAUUGGGGAAAGGGGUACGCAUUCGAGGCGCUUGACGCCCUUCUCAAGCAGUUUUGGGCCAUACACGAGGAGGAUCCCGAUGCUUCAGUCAAGGCCGAUGUCGAUCCUCGUAACGAUGCAAGUCUGCGAUUACUCAAGCGUCUCGGUUUUGUAGUGAUCGGGUCCGCAAAGAAUACAUUCGAAACGCAUUUGGGGUGGUGCGAUAGUAUUUAUCUGGAGGUCAGAAGGCCCACAAAUUAA